AUGGAAAGAAUUCCACAAAAGAUUGCUGUUAUGAGUGGAAAGGGUGGUGUUGGUAAAUCUAGCAUUUCUAUACUACUAUCAACCAUACUUAGCGAAAAACACAAAUGUUUAUUACUUGAUUUUGAUUUGUGUGGACCAAGCUGCUUUUCAUCUUUAAAUGGAAAGGGAGAAGUAAAAAAAGCCAAAAAAGGCCUAACACCAAUUCAAAUUACAAAUAAUUUGUAUGUUUUAUCAAUGGGUUCGAUGAUAAAACCGGAUGAUGCUGUUAUUUGGAGAGGCCCAAAAAAGCUUAGUUUAUUAAAUUUGUUUUAUGAUUCAAUAGAUGACUUCGAUUUUGUAAUAAUUGAUACACCUCCCGGCGUUAGUGAAGAACAUGGUUUUUUAAUAGAUAAAAAUAUUUAUAGCUUAAUUGUUACUACAUCACAGAAUGUAGCAUUAAGUGAUACAGUAAAAGCUAUAGAUUUUUGUAAAAUUAAUAAUAUUAAAAUCUUGGGUAUUAUAGAAAAUUUAAGUGGAUAUAAAUGUAACUGCUGUGGUCAUAUAACAAAUAUAUUUGCUUCAAAAGGUGGUCAACAAUUAAGCCAACAUUAUUUAAUUAAUUUUAUAGAAAAAUUACCAAUAGAACCACUUUUUGGAGAGUUGUUAGAUACUAAAGAGUUUAUUUUAAAAUAUCAGGAAUUAAAAACAUAUAAAAUAUUAAAAAAAUGGAUAAAUAGAGAAAACUGGACCUUUUAA